CUUUGCCGCCCCGCGUGCCCGCCGAGGUGCCGCUGCUGCUCCUGCUGCUGCCCACGCUCCCGGGCGCCACGGGGCCCCAGGCCCUGACCGCCAUGUGGCAGGGCGCGCUGUGCGGCCUCCUCGCCCUGGCCGCCUGCUUCGCCGCGGGGCGCUGGGUGCUCGGGCGCCUCUUCGGCUUCGUGGCCAACUCGGGCAGCCCGGCGGCGCUCCGCUGCCUCUCCUUCUUCGUCAUCUUCGGCGCCGUCUUCGCCUUCCAGUCCCUCGGCCUGCCGGGCACGGUGGGCGCCUUCCUGGCGGGGGUGCUGCUGUCGGAGACCGCCUACCGGCAGACGGUGGACGCGGCCAUCUCGCCCGUGCGGGAGGAC